AUGUCUACUGCCGAGCUCGCUUGCUCCUACGCCGCCCUCAUCCUCGCCGAUGACGGCGUCGAGGUCACCGCCGACAAGCUCCAGACUCUCCUGACUGCCGCCAAGGUUCAGGAGGUUGAGCCCAUCUGGACCUCCAUCUUCGCCAAGGCUCUCGAGGGCAAGGACAUCAAGGAGCUCCUGACCAACGUUGGCUCCGCUGGCUCUGCCGCCGCUGCCGCCCCCGCUGCUGGUGGUGCUGCCGCUGCCCCCGCCGAGGCUGCCGCCGAGGAGAAGGAAGAAGAGAAGGAGGAGUCCGACGACGACAUGGGAUUCGGUCUGUUCGACUAAGCGUCUCGACCAUUCGGGUUCAUCUUUUUUCCUUUUUAUCCUCGUUUCCUUACUCUCUCAAUAUCGCCCCUCGCAUUUCAUGUACCUGAUACUACGCAACCGCACGAAGACCAAAAAGGGAAAAUUAAAAGACAGAAUGAACAACGGACAAGGGCAUCCGGUGGGACUGGGCGCUCUGCUCGCAUGAUAGGCUCCGUCGUGACAGAGGUACUGGAUCGGAUGACGCUAGGAUUCCGGCCGUGGGAAUAUCGGCUAUGUACGGGUCGGCGGCGACUGCCCUUGGGCGGCCGUCUACGCCUCCUCCGUAUCUGAUGUUGAUGUUGUUGUGCUUGUUGCUAGUACGUUUCGAGCUUAGGUGCCCCAGCUCUCAUGCAAUGUCUGUCAUGCGACCAUGAGCAAAAUACUGUUCCUCGUAUUCUUGUUUGGUUGUAGAUGUGUAGGGAUUGUAGAAGACGAUGCAAACAAGCU